CCGCGUUAUUUGUCAGAUUUUACGUUAUCACGAUCGCCUAACGAUGAGUUCACCUAUCGGAAUCGCGGCCGAACGAGGCAAAGUUUCUUGGGAGAACGAAAAAUGACAGGAAUACAGACUCGUCGCGAGAAAGAACUCGGUCUGGCACGAGAACGAAAAGGAAGACGCGCCCGUGCGCACCAAUGGCGGCCACCGACCCUUAUUUACUGAAGUCAAAAUGGCUGCCCUUCGGCUUUUUACACGUCCGAAACUUUCGGCUAUUAUUCUACGAUCCUCUCUGGAGCUUGAUUCAUUGAAUGGAGUCUUGCCUAUUAUUACGCAGGUACAGAAAAGAUGGGGCAGCUACAGAACGUCGCCGAAAUAUUUAGAUCCAUCAAAAUAUACAGAUUAUGAAGUAACGACAGACCCAAAAGAAUGGGAAUAUGUGGAACGCUUACUUAAACCCAAGGCAAUACCUACACCUUGCAUGGAUAAUAAAGAAUAUCCAUCAGGAUGGAAACCGCCAGUUUCCAAGCCACACGAUUAUCCAUACUUCAUAGAACGUACGAAAAACUACAUGCAACCAGUUUAUCUCGAAAUUGGUCAUCGUGGUUUACGCAAAGUAACCGAGGUUCGAAAGAUUCAUGGAGAUAUCUGGGCAUUGGAAGCUGAAUUGAAGAAAUACAUAAAAGAACAUGUGAAUAAACCUAUAGGAAUUCGUACAAAUGAACUUGCCGGUAUAAUAAAGUUCAGAGGAGAUUAUGUGAAUCUAGUUAAACGGUGGAUGGACGAGAAAGGGUUUUAAAUAAUGUAGUAUCCCAAGAGUGAAUGUUUUUAUAAUGUAAAAGGAUGUACAGUUUGUUUUGUUGUAAUUAUUUGUUGAACUCCCAAAAUAAAUAAUUUAAUAUUUGUA